AUGGAGCAUAGAGUUCCUGUUGCUCAAUCUUCCGUUUCUCAAUUAGGCCGUGCUCAACGUUAUCGCAGAAUCGUAGUCUUGGACGACUCCUCGGCUAGCGUACAUUCAGAAAGGGAAGUGAUUGCGAAUCUGAAACGGAAGAAGAAGGUUGCGCGACGGAAUCCUUUAUUGUAUCCGACAAUGAAUAUCUGACCGGUAAAAUGAUGCAUCCUUCCUAUCGAGAUCCGAAUCUGAUUUUUCAUAUGGAGAGGAAGUUCUGCCGUCUACUACGAGAAAAGUGUUGCCUCAACGAUAUCGUCUCGGGUGGAAAGACACUGAAUCAACGGAAGGAAACAGCAAAAGCUCCGCAUGCAUGCAACGAUGAUUUUUACAAUGAAGGAUGUCAUAGUGAUCUCUUGGAACAUAGUGAAUUGAAUGGAAGCGAUGAUGCUGCAUUUUCACCCGCGGUAAAACAAGGAAAGAUACCUGAGUUCCUUCCCGUGAAGUGGAACAACCGAUUAUAUAAAACAGCUGGGAUGUGCCGAAAUAUGUCCGACCGCACGAGCUGGAUAGAAUUGUCGCCAAAAGUGUGCAGUACUCCUGAUCGAGUCCGCGAUACUCUUAUUCAUGAGUUGUGUCACGCAGCGGUAUGGGUAGUAGACGGAAAACGAAAAGAGGGGCACGGUCCUCUUUGGAAGAAAUGGGCCGCCCAAUGUAUGCAACGAUUUCCCUUCUUGCCCGUAAUUGGUCGAUGUCACGAUUAUGAAAUCGAUGCCAAAUUCAUUUAUGAGUGUGGAGGCUGUGGUCAAAAGGUGAGACGUCACACCAAAUCACUCAAUAUUGAUCAGAAGAUAUGCGGUAUCUGCAAGUGCCGUUUUACACUUCAAGUGCGUACGCGCAAGAAAAAAGACGCAGUUGGAAAUGAAUCAUCAGAGCUGAAUCCGUUCGCUAAGUUUGUCAAGGAGAAUUACGGAAAACACAAAGGUCCAGGUGUUAAACACGGCGAGGUGAUGCGUAUUCUGGCACAGCUUUAUAAAGAGAAAAGUGCAACUAAAGAUGAUAUCGGCGAUACUAAUGAGCAGGUGUCUCAUGAUAUGAGCAUCACUGAGUCUACUGAGCCUCUUGACAUGAGCAUACUUUCCAUACAUGAUUAA